CCCGGGCCCGGCAGUCAUGGCGGCGGCGUGGGGGCUGAGCGGGCCGGCCAGGCGCUUCUUGUCUGUGCUGCGGGCCCGGAGGCCGGGCCUGGCAGCCAUGUCAGCAGAUGCUCAUUCGUUGACAGCAGAGGAGAGGAACCAAGCUGUACUUGAACUUAAAGCAGCAGGAUGGUUGGAAUUAAGUGAGAGAGAUGCACUCUACAAAGAAUUCACCUUCAAAAAUUUUAAUCAGGCAUUUGGCUUUAUGUCCCGAAUUGCCCUUCAAGCAGAGAAGAUGAAUCAUCACCCAGAAUGGUUCAAUGUGUACAACAAGGUGCAGAUAACACUCACCUCACAUGACUGUGGUGGACUGACCAAACGAGAUGUGAAACUGGCCAAUUUUAUUGAAAAAGUAGCUUCUUCUGUGUGAUUUAUUCCAAAGUACAUUAAGUUAAAUCAUUUACAUAUCUUAGCUGGAAUAUAUUUUAGAGCGAGUUAAGUCUUUAAAUUUAAUUUACCUUUUUACCACAUUUUUUGUUUUUGUUUUUGGUUUUUGGGUCACACCAGCAGUGCUCAGGGGUUACUCCUGGCUCUAUGCUCAGAAAUCACUCCUGGCAGGCUUGGGGGACCAUAAGGGAUGCCAGGAUUCAAACCACCAUCCUUCUGCAGGCAAGGCAAACACCUUACCGCUGUGCUGUCUCUCUGGCCCCUAUACCACAUUUUGUAAUAUCAGUGCUUCAAUACAAAGUAACUUGAGCCUAAAGUAUUUUCCUUAUUGCAGCAAACCACUUAUCUCUUUUGUUUGUUUGUUUG